AGGUAUGCUGUUGUGGCCCCGUUUCCAUUUCAAAAGGGUGGAUGAAUUUUUGAGAGAUUUUCUAAAGGCGGGAGAUUGUUCAUCAGAAGAAAUCCUCCUGUACUUCGGGAGGAAGGAGAACGUCGUUGCCAGAGAAAUCGUCCAGAGUCACUCCAAAGGUCGACGGAGAAAACGCGCCCUUUGGGAUGACCUCAACUGUCAGGAGUGGACAGAAGACAAUCGAUACAACCCCAUCCAGAAGAAGGAAGAGUUUGCCUUAGACAGAGCCACCUACAACAAAAGGAAGAGUUGCCUCGCCUUCAGAAAACUAGGAGUGAAGGGAGCCAACGCAGAAAUAUACGCAGGUAUGUUCGCUGGUUUGAGGGAGCCCAGUGAUCCCCCGAAGUACAAACUCUUCACGAAGUUCGUCUCGGGAUUCAACUUCCUGGGACAGCAAAUUGAAGUCGGUUCAUUCUACUUCUACCUCUACAGUGGAAAGACUAAAGCUUACGUCAGGAUUAUGGGUCGCACUAGGCAAGAGUUCACCAAUGAUGGAUGCACGCCGACUGAGUUGCGCUACAGACCCCUCAAGCACAUCCCUCUCUACUUGGUAAGCAUCGGCAACGUCCAGAUGAGCCUGGGCAUCCACCUGAGCAGUCGACUCUCCGUGGACACUUUGUGUCCCCAGAGAGACAUCUAUCAGCUGCAACCUCUGACCAAUGUUCGUAUAGGAGGAGAAGCCCUGGGCACUGUCGGUUUCAUUCGAGGUGCCGCGAAUCUUGGUGCGAACUUUAACUACAAACUACAGUUUACGUUCACACCAACGCCCAACAUGUGCCUGAAAGGAAGCCACGGGUUCGAUCCCAUGAACAUCAAUUUUGAAUCCUACUUCCAGUUGUGGAAUUCGGUGAAGGAAGACUGGGGCAAGACAAGGGUGUGGAAACCCAGUUUCGUGUCUUGGGAACUGAAAAGAGGUGAGCUGAAGCAGUGGUUCGAUGACACAUGCAUUGCUCUGCAAUCUGCUGAUCAACCCAACAUUGAGAGAGAAAUGGAAUAGUCUUUCCAACUCUUAAUUGACAGAUUCUUCUCCUUAAAACAAUGAAUGACAUACAAUGCGUAUUUAAUCAUCCUAUAAGUCCACUUUAAUAAUUUUUGAACGGUUGGUCAGAUUCUGAAAAGUGCUUCAAAGAAAUCUCUAGAAAUAAGUGUAAAAGUUGAGAGUGACGAAAUAUGCUUAUUUUGACCAAACAAUGCAAGUUUCCAUCCCAAAUUUGGAUUUAUCACUCCCAAAAAAUAGGUGAUAGACUUGUUUUGAAACGCUGACUUUAAUAGCUUAACCAUUAUAACGGUUGGAAAUUCAAAAAUUUCAAAUAUUUAUUACUCUAAUGUUAUUAUUAUAAUGUGUAAUGCUUCUCAUCAUAUCUUUUGAAUGAUUGGUUAAAUUACAAUAAUUCUUUCACAAAAGGUUGAAAGCUUUAACCGAAAGACAAGUAGGCAAUAUAAUGUUGAAUUUAGAUGAAUUAAAUAAUUUGCAUUAAUUAAUUUGUUAAUGAUGAAGAAAAUUUCAAUUGUAAGGUAAAAAAAUUUUUACAUAUUCAGAAUUUUCAAAAUUGUUGCAACCUAAAUCUAGAUUUUGAUAUUUGACCCAUAAAAUAGUGCUUAAAAAGUAAUUAAAAGUAAAUUGUAGAAUGGUAUUAAAUUAAACUCCAUUUUGAGAUUAAAUCAUCAAAUUGCUACAAGUUAAUCUAUAAAUUAAAGAUUUAAUUGUUUUUUUAAUCACUUACACCUGUGAAAUUAAGAAACACUCAUAUUUUUAAGAAUUUUGUCGAUAGAAAACUGGUAGAUAGUCAUCUUUUUUUUUUAACUCGAUAUUUUUUCUUCUCUUUAACUUCUUGUGUUUUAUUUUUGUUUACUUCCAACCGUCUUCAUUAGUAAUUUAACAGCAGAUUCAUUAAAACGUUCUUUUCUGCAAUGGUGCUACUGUUUUUAAAUUAUACAAGCCUCCAAUUUGCGAACUAAGACUGAUUAAAAUUGUUAAAGGGAGAAUCAAUUGAAAUAUUAACUAUAAAAUUCUAGAUAAUUCAUAAUUAGCUCUUUUAAUGUUUUGAAUUAAAUGCUAAUAAAAUAUUGGAAAAAAAAC